AUGAGUUUGACGGUAGGCUUUGUUCUGCCUGCGCCUGUUCCACUUGUUCUGCCGUACCCGAAAUCAUUCCAGGUCAUCACGGACAACAGUCCGAUCUACCUUCAAAAUCCUCCAGGACAUUUGGUCAGUUUUACUGCAGGCUUUGUUCUGCCUCUGCCCGCGCCAUUCCCUCUUGUCCUGCCAUACUCGAAAUCAUUCCAGGUCAUCACGGACAACAGCCCGAUCUACUUUCACAACCCUGCAACACAGCCGGUGGCUCCAAUAAAUUUUAUGAUCAGUUUUAGUGCAGGCUUUGUUCUGCCUCUGCCAGCACCAUUCCCACUUGUCCUGCCAUACCCGAAAUCAUUCCAGGUCAUCACGGACAACAGCCCGAUCUACCUUCAAAACCCUGCAACACAACCGGUGGCUCCAAUAAAUUUACAUGUACUAGCUCAGAUACAAUUCAAUUUUAAGAUAAUGAAUCAAACGUUUAUGCCAAGACGGGAUGUGCCUAUGAUUAUAUCAAUAUACGAGUAUUGA